GCGAGACUGGUGAGACCACUCAAGGAGCAGGGAACAUGGAUUCUGCUUGAAAACCCCCAGACUCACCAUGAGGGAGUGUGUCUGCUGGUGAGUGUUCUGCUAAGAUCUGGACUAAUAACACCUGAAAUCAUCCAGAGCCUCCGCCCCUGGGUGAAUUCCCCGACAGAAAACUACCGAGUCACCGGCACAGCUUUCCUUGCCCAGCUAAUGAGUGAUCCCAUGCUCAGGGAGAAGAAAUUCCUUAAGAGUGUCUUAUGCAUCUUGGCGGAAAGGUCACAGGAUAGGAACAGCAUUGUCCGUCAGAUGGCUGUAAGAGGCCUGGGAAAUAUAGUCGAUGGGGCUCCUAAGAAGGUGAAAAAGCACAAGAAGUUUCUUCUGGACAUACUGAUCGGGGCCUUACAUGACAUUUUCAGUUCUGAAGUCAUUGGCGAGAGCAUGAAAGCACUGGCCAAAGUCCUGAAGGAGCUGAAAGAGAAGGACAUUGGUUCUUCCUUCAGAGACCUCACCCAACAGAUCCGGACCUACUUUGACGAUGAGGAUGACGCUCUUCGCUCAAUGGCCUUUGUCCUAUUUGGCAUCCUGGCUCAGUUGACAAAGAAAAAAUGGAAGGCCUAUUUCACCGAGCAGGUUCGAAAGAGCUGGGUCACACUUCUGCUGCAUCUGCAAGACCCAAACCUCAAGGUUUCAACGAAAUGCAGAGCUACAUUUCACCUCUGUUUCCCGUUUUUGGGACUGAAGAGACUCCAACAUGAAAUUAAUAAGCACCUUGAUGGCACAGACGAGCUGAAUCCUAACGAGCUCCAGGAGGACAUUUGCAGACACCUUGCCAAAGAGAAUGCAGAACUGCUGGAGAACUUAUACAAAAACACCAUCAUGUACUUCCAUAGCAGCUGGGAAGGGAUCCGGGCAGUUGCUGCCAAGUUAGCUGACAUCAUCCUGAAACACACAGACAUGCAGCGUAUGAAAUGGCUGGACCUGGAAUAUCUGCUGAUGUCUCUCCAGGUCCUAGAGAAAGAUCCAAGUCCCACUGUCCAGCUGGUGGCAACUGAGAUCAUAAGUAACAUCUGUUCUGGUAGAGUGCUUGAGGAAUGAAGCGGAACGGAAACAAACAGAACAAGGCGCUCCAGUAGUAUAAGGGCACUACCAUUAAUCAAAUGUUAACCCCACCCCUAGACCCAAUAAGCCCUGCCCACUGGUCAUCGGAAGACCCACCCCAUGGGGUAUUACUUCUGGGGCCAAGGCGGACACAUGACCAGAAGCAAUAUGUGUCAUGUGACCCCUCUAAGAACUCCUCCCACUGUCCUCUACCAAUCAGGAUGGGCUUCGCCCCAAUAGGAAUGCCCCGAGAGAAGAUUUGACCAAUCAGGGGGAGUUCUGGGGCAGUUGACCUGUCCAGAAGUGAUUUGUGUGACUCCUCUAAGAACUCCUCUCACCGCCGUCUACUGAUCAGGAGGGGUUUCAGCCACUGGGGAUCACCCCAAGAGGAGAUUUGACCAACUGGGGGGAAUUCUGGGGUGGGGUGACCCGUCCGGAAGUGCUUCAUGUGACCCCUCUAAGAACUCCUCCCAAUACCCUUUACCAAUUGCGAUGGGUUUCAGCUGCAUAGGACUGCCGCAAGAGGAGACUUGACCAAAAUAGGGUAGGUUCUCGGAAGGGGUGAACCGCCCAGAAGAGGGUCAUGUGACCCCUCUAAGAACUCUUUCCAAUGUCCUCUGCCAGUCAGAGUGCAACACCAUCACCCCAUAAAUCCCAGCGCUGGGCAGAGGAGGCCAUCUCUUACCAAGAAGACGUGUUUUAUGAAUUGUGGAAAGGCUGAGAGGAGACAUGGACUCCUUUACCACCCCCCUGAGAACUUUGGACUUUGUUUUAGCCCUGAGGACCUUUGGGCUUGUAUGGCUAAAGCACUAUAGCAGUGACAGUUCCGAGGAGGGCCCUUUGACUCGACCAUUGAUAGAUACCUCAGAACCUGACCCCGAACCCUCGUGACAGGGCCGGCUCCAGACACCAGCCCACCAGGCACAUGCUUGGGGCGGCACCUCGGGACGGGGCGGCACUCAGGGUUUGUUUUUGGUUUUUUUUUGACCAGCCGGGCGGCACUGGGGGGAGAAGGGGCUUGGGAGGUGUAGUGCCAAGCUGGGGGGCAAGGACUUGAGUGGUGCGGUGCUUGGCUGGGGAAGGCUUCAGCGGCACAGCGCUCGGGGCGGCGGGGACUUGGGCUUGGCGACACUCGGGAGGGGCGGGGGACUUGGGCGGGGCGAUGCGACGCUGGGAGGGGGUGGGGACUUGAGAAAGGCAAUGCUCGUGGGGCUCGGACUUGGGCGGCACAGCGCUCGGGAGGGGUGGGAGACUUGGGUGGCGCGAUGCAACGCUUGGAGGAGGCGGGGACUUGGGCGACACGACGUUCGGGGGAUGCGGGGACUUCGGCGAUGUGACGUUCGGGGGAGGCGGGGUCUUGGGCAACGCCAGGCUCGAGGGGGCGGGGUCUUGGGCGAUGCCACGCUCUUUUUUUUCGCUUGGGGCGGCAAAAAUGUUAGAGCCGGCCCUGCCUUGUGAAGAACCCUGAUGAGUGUGAUGGCCUCUCAUUGUCCACCUCCCCAAAGUUGGAAGACGACAUGGCUUGGGGGAGUCACUAGCGGACAAGGUGAAUGGGAAAGAUGUUGCUCAGGUAAGUGAAUGAUUAAGAAGCGACGAUCAAUCAUGGGGGUAUAAUGGGGUUAAGAAUCGACCUGGCAUUGCAUAAAUCUAAGAACAAGCGGCGGGGGCUAACACUGUUUUUUGUCUGAAAAUCUCU